GCGAUAUCUAUUUUCGACCCAACACCGCUUCAAAAACAAAACAAAAAACUACAAACACCACGAAUCACCCAGUGCACCCCGAACAAUGUUGCCACAAUCUUCCUCGAGGGCAGGUACAGCUAAGUAUUAUUUCCCGACCACUCUCCCUCCAGAAGCUCUUCCACAUAUCAUCGAGCAAGCACUGGCGAAAUCGUACCUCGAUCACGACCACACCUCCAGGUUUCCCCGCAAUUUGAUCAAGUUCAACGCCAACCGUAUCUGCAACGAGGUGGUAAGUUCCUGCCUCCCCUUUGACGCUGCGAUCUUGGGGAUAAAAUUGGAGGCGGGCUGGCUGGUUCCUCCACAUGAUCAGGUGACAGCAGAAGAGGUCAACUUUAGCGGGUCGCAGCGCCUCCUCGUAAACGGGGACAGGAAGUUCUUUAGCUUACUGCUCUAGUCACGAAAGGAGGGCGACGGUAGAGUCAGCUCGUUGCCGCCGGGUCUGUAGUAUCUGCACUUCUUCAGAAAGGAUUCUUCGAGACUGUGCCAAAGCAAGAGGUUGAGGGGC